CCCUCUCUCUCACACAGAAUAUAAAAAAGUUGGGCAAAGUCUGUCUCAGCUCCAAUAGCUCCCAGACACCCAGAGCAACUCCCUUUAGAGGACUGGACUCUCCCUCCCCCUUUCUCUCAUUCUCUCUCUCUCUUAUCUCUCUCACACACUCACACACACCCACCAACCUUCACUCCUGGCACAGAGAAGACAGGACAACUGGAGAGACCAUACACACCUCCUACUCAUCCAGUAACUCACCCAGCCAUCGCCAGACGCUAAACCCAGGAUGUGGACUCUGCUCUUGGGGGUUACCUUUGGAUUACUGGCCUCCUCGAGGUUGGAACCGGCUCAAGCUACAGUAAAGUCGCGUAGCUGCAGCCAUGCUGGAGUGUUCCACGUGGCGGGAGAAGCUCGCUACUCAUUGACCUUUGACCUGGCCAAGAAACUGUGUGAGAGCCUGGGCGGCACCAUUGCCAGCAAGGAACAGGUCACAGAGGCCCACGCCCAAGGUCUAGAGACCUGCAGAUAUGGUUGGAUCAGCAACGGAAAUACCACCAUCAUCAGACAGAAGGCCCAUGUUAACUGUGCCAACAACAUGACAGGAGUCUUCUUCCGUCAUGACACUCCGGACCAACUCUUCGAUGCCUUCUGUUUCAAUGCAUCAGAUUUCUCUAUGAAGAACUGUGGUUCGGCCAUCAACCCUGAUUCAACAGGACCAGAGAGUGUUCAGGCGACAAAUGGAGACUUUGCUUCAGAUGCUGCAGGUGAAGCCAUAGAGCAGACUAAGACAGAGGAAGAGGUCCCAGAGGAGAAGACAGACAUCCAGAUACUUCAGACAGACACCCAGACAUACGCCACAACAGUGUUGGAGGACCAGGACCAGGGAGAGCCAGAGGCCACAGAGUCAACCCCAGAGGACGGAGCCCUGACUGAGGACACAGCCGGCCAGGAGCCUGACACAGUGGACACCACCUCCGCCCCUGGGGAAGAGGGAGCCGAGAGCCUCACUGAGGAAGUCGAGGAAGUGGACCCAACCCAACCUGCAUCCACUGAGGCUAGCCCAGAGGAACCAACAGCAGGGGCUGAGGGUGAGGCCUCAGAGGGGGCAGCCACACAGAGCACUGACGGGGAGGAAGAGCAGGCUGAGGGGGAUGUGACCCGGUCAGUCGGCCGCACUAGGGUGCUGGUCACUGAGAUGGAGGACACCACCGGGUCUGGGAUGCUACCGACUGGCGCUGAGGAGGAGGGGGCCUCUUCUAUGGCACCAUCUGUUGUACAGCCAGGAGAACCACAGGGCCCAGCCAGCAAAGAGGGUGUGCAGGAGAUAGUGCCAGAGCAGGAGGAGGUGGUGGACGGGAUAGAAGUCCCAGAUCAGCCCAUUCCGAGGGGGAGGAUGAAUCCAGAUGAGGGAGUAGCCCCUCCUCCAGCCGGGCAGAACAGUAGCACACCCAAUUGGCUGAUCAUUGUGGGAGUGGUUGUGGCAGUGGGCGCUAUUCUCCUCGUGUGUGCUGCUGUGGCCAAGCGGAAGAGCUGGUGUGGUCAGCAGCAGACCCUGAUGAUCACCAACAAUGAUGGGAGUGACGGUAACGGGGCGGCGGCGUCCGUGGCUAGCUCCCGCGCGCAGGAGAGAGAGCAGGAGAUGGUGACCCUGAUGAACAAAGAGAAGAUCCAGGAAAACGGAAACACAGAGGAGUUCACCGUUAUCACACUUGAUGAGUCCCCAGAGAAAGGACAGCUGGCGUGAGAGAGGAGAGGAGGAUGAGAAGGAGGAGAAGAGAGAGGGGGAUAGAAGGAUAGAGAGAGAUGAAUAGCUAUGGGGGUGCUGACACUGGGGCAGGACUAGAGAGAGACCAGCUGGGGAUGGAGAUGGACACUUUGGCCUGGUACCAAGCAGACAGACACACUGAACAUGCCAGCUGGGGUUGGGGUGGGGGCUUUGUAAAUGGAAGGGAUGGUUAAUACUCUAUUGAAUCUGUUUGUUGUUGUAUUCUGGGGAGAAUGGCUGGUUUGUCCCACCUUGUUACUAAGGUACAACAUCAGAAACUGGCCCUAUCCUUUGCCUGUCUCUCAGAUGGGUUAGCUAUACCGUUAAAGCCAAGAGAAGCAGACUGAUACAUUCUACCCUGCUAUGUCAAGUAUGUGGUUAGGAUUGGAUAGUUUCCAGACCUAGGGUUUGGACUAAGUCUCUACAGCAGGGGUGUCAACCCAGGCUUCAUACACACAUUGUGAUAUUCACCUCUGCCUUUCAAUCAGUGUCUAAUCUUAAUCUGAGAAGAUCAGUCUGGCCUCUCUAGCCAAUCAGUAACAUGAAUUAAUCAAUUUAGUGACAGGUUGAAAUGAAACCCUGCAGACCAUGUGACACUGGAGGACUGGAGGUUGACAUCCCUGCUCUAUGCCGGGUUCUGAGUGGAGAUGUGUGUGUGUGUGUGUGUGUGUGUGUGUGUGUGUGUGUGUGUGUGCGUGGUGAGUAUGUGUUUGUAUAUGUAUGUACCGUAUACGUACAGUACCAGUCAAAAGUUUGGACACACCUACUCAUUCCAGGGUUUUUCUUUAUUUUUACUAUGUUCUA